AUGUCAGAUGAAGAAGCAGCAGAAGCAAACAAUGUGACUAUUGGCUACAAACUGGAGCUUUCCUACAAAGGUCGAAAGAAAGUGGAAAUCCCAAAGAACAUGUUGGUGAAGGAUUUGGAUGGAAAUUCUUAUUUGAAGCUUCAAGGAAGCUCACCAGCUCUGUGCAAAUUGGUGUGUGGGAGAAAUGGUGACAAAACCUUGACAAAUGGAGGGGCAAUGGCUGACCUUAAGAGGUUGAGGAAUGAGCAGAUUGAGGCUCAAGAAGAAAAGGGUGAAGAGAAUAGCAAAAAGAGAAAGCAUGAACAUGUCUUGCAGGUGCAACUUGGCGCUGUACAAGUACAAAUGCUUGCUCCUGGCAAAAGAACCAGUAGCUCAGAUGUGAUGGUGCUUCUUCAACCUGAUCAGCUACAAGCAGUCUUCGGGCAUUUGGAGGCAGAUUGCCAAGAUGGAAGCAUUUCCAAGCGUGAGUACACCAAGAGUGGCAAAUUUGCAAAGGCUGGUGGCGCUGGGAGCUCCUGA